AACCCUCCCCCCAAAGCAAAAGCAAAGAAAGUCAAGGAAGUACUCUUGCCGAUCCCCAUUCCCCAAACCCUCUCUCUCUCUCUCUCUCUCCGAUUUGAUUUGAUUGAACCGAGCCUGCAGCCAUGGUGGAUCUGGCGGUCUUCGGCGUGGGCGGGGGCGUGCUGAGGCUCAUCUUCACGCUCGCCGUCGCCAUCGGGGCCAAGGCGGACACGGCGAAGCAGAACAGGGAGGAGUGCCUCCGGAUCGCCAGGCGCGCCGCCAAGCUCCACGGGACGCUCGCCGCCCAGGCAUACACGCUGGCGGAGGCCACGCGGCGGCACCCGGCGGUGGCCUCCGUGCUCAACGACCUCCGCGAGGCGCUCCGCGAGGCCCUCGAGGGCGUCAAGGCCUGCCAGAGGGACUGCGGCGCCCUGAUCCGCCUCCUCAAAGCCGCUAGGGUGUCCGCCCAGCUGCGUGUGCUCAACAGGGACAUCAAGGACCGGAUCAUGGACGUGCUCCUCGUCACCAGCCUCUACACCAACGGCCUCGUGUAUACAAUGCACCUCUACCACAUGGAGCAUCUGCGGAUUCAGCGCCAUAUAAUGAUGCACGGCCACCACAUGGAGCAUCAUAGAUUACCUCGCCCGCUGCCCCAAAUGCAGAUCCAGCUGGAGCAGCAUGGCUAUGGGAACACGCACGCCCAAAGCUUGUCGAAUCAGUCGUAUGCCAUCCAGGCGGCCUCCCCGUCACUUCCUGAUCAGAGAGCAACUAGCAGCUCGAUCCCUUGCCAGAUCGAGUGGAGGGCGGCGGUUCCCGAGGAUGUGGUGGACUUUCGUCGUGAGGCCAGGGAAUCAAACAUUGAGCCUCGUCUUGUCGUGCUCCUCAUUCUCGUCCUGCUGCUCCUGGGCACCCGCUGUGGCUUGGAAAGACUCCUCCUUUUCUACCUGUGGCGUUUGUUGUUUCGUCUUGGCUGAUGUGAUGAGCAACCCUGGAAACAAGACUCUGUGGCAGGACAGUUUUCCAACUCCACAUCAGUGUACUGUUUUGUUUUGUUUUGUCAAUUUUGGAGUGCGUGCAUAUUCUUCAGUUAGUGUUCUUGUUGUUUAGCCUAGAAUGUUAAAGAGUGCAAAUAUGUAUUUGUAUGGUAUUGCUAUCGUUCAAAUUAGUAUACAUGGAGAUCACUUCAGAGUCCAACCUUUAGUUGAUUUA